AUGCUUAAGACAAACUGUCCACUACCGUCUAUUCGCCCAGGAUUAAGACGUCCAGGUACAAAUUUAUCCAAUUCAAGAAGUGAUCAAUCAACUGCUAAGCCUAAAAUUCACUCUCCUCUGUCGUCAGUCUAUCCAACCAUGGAUGGGCAGCAAAUGAAUCCGUAUAACACUUUAGCUUCAAAUGCCGGUACAAUGAUGCGGUUUAAAUCUGACAACUCCUUAGAACAAGAACGCCUGGACUUUGCUCGUUAUGCCGACUGUUCACUAAGACGUUCAGCAAAAGCGGUGUUUGCUGAUAACUGGUUGAUGAAGCCUAAGAAUUUAGUUCAAAAAGCGCGUCUUAACAGUGGGUGGUUAGAUUCAUCAAGAUCACUUCUAGAACAGGGGAUUAAACCAUCACCUUCCGAAGUCGAUGGUCAUGAUACGUGUAAUCCUCCGACUUUGUAUCUUUGCUUCAAGUAUUACACAUUCUACGAUCUAAUUUUAAAGUAUGAUGCAGUACGAAUUCAUCAACUUUAUGAACAGGCUCGCUGGUCUCUUUUAUCAGGCCAGUUUGAUUGUACAGAGGAUGAAAUGGCUUUAUGUGUUACGAACUUCCCAGAUAUGAAUAGUACAAAUCCUUAUUCAACCUUAGGUGCUUGCAGUACAGUAAGUUCUAAUUAUAUAAAUCGCGGUCCAGUUCAUGCUACUUCGAGUCCUGAUUUGGCAAAAAAGCAUUAUUCGCCAUACUACGGUGCUGCUGGUGGGUCGGUGUCACAGUUCCCCCGUACUUCUGUGUCGCCAAUUAGUUCAGCUUUUGUGGACGGAGCAUCGACUAACACACAUACUAUGUGUGGUGUAGACGAAGUGGAUGAACUCCUUUCAGAGCUUGAACAAUCUUGUGGUGUUACUGAUGAAUCUGAACCAGUAUCACGUACUUUACAGAAUGUAUUGCAUCCAGCCAGUCGUGAUAUGACUGACACUUCUGAGGUACCAAGUCUUGAGGGUGCUAUUAAAGUUUUCAGAGAUCGUACUCUCCUACUGAAGCGUUACAAAGCCUACUGGGUUGUCAUCAGAGAAGCUCGAUUAUACCUGUAUCGAAAUAAGACGCAAGCACAAGAGUUCCUGGCUGAGUAUUCACUUCGUGAUUGUACGGUUAAUCCCGACGUGAAUGUUGCACAUCAGAAAUAUGUAAUUAAACUAUCAGUCCCUUCAAUACUGGAUCAGAAGAUAAGUAACGGAUCACCUGUCAAUAAUACAUCCCAUCCUUCGACACUUCCUAAAGAACUCUGCUCUACUCGUGAAGAAAUAUGGUUAAAAUUUGAUUCUGCCGAACAAUAUGCCUGUUGGUUGGCUGCAUGUCGUCUAGGUUCACGAGGGAAAACACUGGCCAAGUCUUCAGCUUAUUUGGGUGAUCUAAUGGAUUUUUGCAAUGAUCGUAUUAUUCGGAAGGCACGUUCUAAGGACGCUUUACGCCAACGUAUUACUGAAGCUCAUGUGAACAUUCGUGACCUUGGGCUACUAGAAGCCAAGCACAAUACUCCAAUGGAUGAUAUGAUAGCUAUCUGUCAAGGUCGUAUUGAAGUUGUCUCUCCGCAAACCGGUGAAAUUUUGUUGACAUGGAAUUUUGCUGAUUUACGCUCAUGGAAUGUUAAUUGGGAUGCAGAAAAAGUAAUCCUAGAAUUUCGUAGUUCACAAGUAUCAUUUCGACCAUUAUCAACAAAUUGUAAGACUAUUGUAGAGUUUAUUGGAGUUACGUAUUUCUCAGUCAGCGUAAUUUAG